AGUCUUUUUUUUGCUACCGAAGAGUAAAGUUCAAAAAUAUAUAAUUGGACUUUAGAAUUUAUUCAUUUAAAUAUAAAAAUGUAUAACAUUGAAAGACCAGAAGAUGAGAUUGCCAGAAAAAUUGAAACACCUUUAAUUUUUGACCUUCAACGAAUUUCUUUAAAAGAUGACCCUAGUAAGUUUUGUGUAAUGCCGAAAACUUUCAUUGAUAAAGGAUUUGAAAGGAUUAAAAAUAUGAAAGUAUUUGAAGACGAUAUUUGGAUCGUGACAUUUCCUAAAUGUGGCACAACUUGGGCACAAGAAAUGAUUUGGAUGAUCGGAAAUGACCUUGACUAUGAAACAUCAGCAAAAACUAGUCUUGACGAACGAUUUCCAUUUUUGGAAAUGAGUUGGCUUGGACCUGGAAUACCAUUUGAUAUUUUUGAGAUGUGCCAAGAAAUGCCACGUCCAAGAUAUAUUAAGUCACAUUUGCCUUAUUUUUUGUUACCUGAUCAGUUGUGGACUGUUAAACCGAAGAUUGUUUAUGUCGUCAGAAAUGCUAAGGAUGCAGCAGUGUCUUGGUAUCAUCAUCAUGUUAAUUUGCAUGGAUAUCAAGGAAGAAUGGAGGACUUUAUAGAAGCAUUUUCUAAAGAUUUAGUUCCAUAUUCACCUAUAAAUGAGCAUAUUAUCGAUUUUUGGAGCAUCAAGGAUGAACCAAAUAUUUUGUUCCUAUUUUUUGAGGAUAUGAAGAAAAAUUUGGACCAAGAAGUUAAAAGAGCGAUGCAAUUUUUCGGCAAAGAUUUCUCUCAAGAACAGAUUGAUAAGCUCUGCCAGCAUCUAUCAUUUGAAUCAGUUCGUAACAGCAAAACAGUCAAUAAAGAUGAGCAAAUAAAACUUUUAAUGGAGUUGGGUGGGAAAAAAUAUCAGCCAAAAGAUGGAUUUAGUUUUAUAAGAAAAGGAAAAGUUGGUGGAUAUAAAGAUGAAUUGUCUGAUGAGCAAAUUAAGUUAUUGGAUAAUUAUGUAAAUCAUCCAGGAUUAGAAAAAAUUGGAUUUGAGUAUAAAUUUUAG